UACGAUGUCGCGAAGAUUCGAGCGUACUGGAGUCGUAGACCAGCGGCCAUCGCGAAGCGUUCGGGCAGCUUGCUCGCCGACGUCAUGGGCUGGGUCUUGGCUUUACUACUCGAUAUUCAAACGGGUAAAGUGGAAAAAAACUCCGUCGAACGCGCUCGACAGUUGAAGGAUAUCAUCGCUAAGCAAGGGCCGGCGUUCGUCAAGGUUGGACAAGCAGUGGCGAUUCGCCCAGACUUGCUGCCUCCGGCGUACCUUGAGGCGCUGCAGACGCUGUUGGAUGGCGUAAAACCAUUCAGUAGCGUCGAGGCACGCGAGCUGAUUCGACAAGAGCUUGGAAAACCGCUCGAGGAUGUGUUUGAAGACGUGAGUGCGUUCGAGGAACCGGUCGCCGCAGCAUCGAUCGGUCAAGUGUACAAAGCACGGCUGAAAGCCACGAAAGUCAUGGAAAAAGAACAGGGAGAUUGGGGUAUGGACGUCGCGGUCAAAGUGCAGCGACCGGCGAUCUUAGAAGUCGUCACUUUGGACUUGCUGGUGAUUCGCUCCGUGCUAGAGUCCUUGGCUUCCUUGCCGAAGGAAGGACCGCUUGGGCAAAUUCAGCAAGGCGCGGAGGGUUUUCUGCCAGUGCUGGACGUCGCGGCGGAGAGAUUUUUGGAAGAACUCGACUUUGGACUCGAAGCGUCAAACGCAUCGCGCUUUGAGGCCGACAUGAACAGCGUGCCUUUCGUUCGCGGCACCAUCAAGGUGCCGCAUGUGUUCCGUUCGUGCUCGACUCGCAAAGUCUUGACGCAAGAGUGGGUGGCGGGUCGCAAGCUCACCGAAAUCGAGGCAUCUAACACAAACAAGGAGACUCGAGAAAAGCUUGUCGAGACGUUACUCAACAGUUACAUGGUGCAGUUCUUGGAAACAGGUUUCUUGCACGCCGAUCCGCACCCCGGAAAUUUUCUGCUCGAAGACAACGGACGCCUGUGCAUAUUGGAUUACGGCAUGAUGACGACCAUCAGCGAAGAACAGCGAAUUGCCUUCGUGGAAUACAUCGCGCAUUUGAGUGCGAAAGAAUACGACAAAACACUAGGAGAUUUGGUCAACCUCGGUUUCGUUCCGCCAGAAUUGGCGAACGAUCCGGUGAGUCGUUCAAUCGUCACCGACGCACUUAAUGCGCAACAAAGCUCCCGCGUCGGCGAACUUUCAGAGAAGCUCGACGAUUUGGCGAAGCAAUACCCGCUGUCGCUGCCCCCGUACUUUGUCCUUAUUUUGCGCGCGUUCGGAACGCUCGAAGGGUUGGGACUGAGUGUCGAUUCCAACUACGCGAUUGUCGACGAAUGCUUUCCAUACAUCGCACGGCGCUUAUUGUCGGAUGACUCUCCGAGGAUGCGCGCGGCACUCCGAUCUUUUGUGUAC